AGACAAACAAAUUGAAAAUGUUAAAAAAGAAAAAAAUUGUGGGCCCAUUGGGCCUAGAUAUUGGAGCUUGUAGCUUAGCAAGAAGCUGAGGACAUGGUUAGUCCACCAGAAAAUGGCGUUUCUCUGUUCAUCGUCUCUUCCUUCAUGCUCUGUCGCCAUUUUCAGCAAGUCAAACACAGAUGGAGUCCGGUCUUCUCCUUCCUAUAGGCUCCGGUUACGUCCUAUCUCCGCCUCACACAUUCUUGCUCCAGCGAUCGACAGGUCAGCGAUCGUCAUAUCCGAAACAGUGUCUGAGGACGAGCUUUGGGCUGCAGCUUGCCUCCGCGUGCGGACCUUCAACGAACUCAACCCUUCUUCUUUCAAUAUCCAAGAUCACAGAAAAUACUUGGCGGAGCGUGAGUUCGAAGCGCUUAAGGAGAGAGUUUCAGGGAAGAGGGAAGGUUUUACGAGGGUGUCCUGCGUAAAUGCUACUCUUCCACUAUCUCAACUAUCAACCUCUUCUGAGGAUUUAUGCUCUGCAUGUAAGUAUUCUGAUGGGAUAGAAGACAGAGUUGUGGUGGGGAGCCUUGAUCUUAACCAAUGCCGUUGGCUUCCUGAUGAAAUCGCUGGAACAAAACCAGAGGGGUUUAGUGUGGAUUUUGCGAGGGCAUACUUGAGCAACGUCUGUGUUGCGAAAGAGCUGCAUCGUAAUGGAGUUGGUUACAAGCUCAUUGAAAAGUCCAAAGUAGUUGCUAGAGAAUGGGGAAUAACGGAUAUGUACGUGCAUGUGACGGUGGUCAAUGAAGCAGCGAAGAGGUUAUACAUGAAAAGUGGGUUCGUGCAAGAGAGCGCUGAGCCGGCGUGGCAAGCUCGGUACCUUAACAGGCCACAACGGCUGCUCCUCUGGCUCUCUCUCCCUACUUCAUGAUUCAUGUCCAAAUGUAAAUCUUUUCAUAAUUAAAUUUGUGUAAAUUUCCUUGGUAAUCAAUUAAAAAACUUUAUAUAACUCGCAAACAUAAUCACCUUUUAUU